GCACUAUUGAUUUUGGAGCAAGUGCACUUUUGUUGCAAGCUUUGGCCCUUAUUCUAGCAUGUCACCAUCCAUGUCUUCUGCCAGUUGGAAGUACGUUAUAGAGCAUUUGGAGCGUAAUGUGAGAUGCCGUCUCUCAGCCUGUUGCCCAAGCCUCUGCCACACUGAAAAAUCCAUUCCUCUCCACAUCAAGCACCUGGUCAUAAACCCUGACAUAAACCCUGACAACCGUCCACCACCAUGCAGGGAAACGUGCUCAAAAUUACCUGCAAGAUUGGGUUCCGAUUGUGAUCCCAGAGACCGAAUAUCACAUAAGGCUCACGCGAAAUAAGCCCUUCCUCCAGGAGAGGGUAGCCUAUACCAAAAAGCUACAUGAAGCAAUGAAGUACCUAGUUGAAAGGUUGUUUGGAGGGAAUCAGCUUAAAGUUCAAAAGUUGGAUGUUUCGCAGUGCGUUCAGUGGUAUUUUGUAUAAGUUAAACUAACAGUACACUUGGUGACUCUACAAGGAUUUAUUAUAGACAACUAGUAACACUAAUAGACAAGUAACGCAAGAACAUAAAGUAAGAACUGAUUCGGGAAGUCCCUCCAAGGUUGGCAAUAUGGUCCACGUGUCCAAGGUUGAGUUGUUCGUAUUGGCGUGGCAAGUUCAUGGCGUGAAUGUUGUUGUUGUUAGAUUAUCUUGUUCCUUGUAUGCAUCCAUCCGGGGUUCACGUCGCAAAUGGUUCACGUGGUUGUUCUUUGUUAGCACUGACUGUUGGUUGUUCCUUGAGCGAUGGUGAUAGAAAUGCUCGGUGUUGUUAGCGUCCAUUGUAGAGUACAUAAUUAUACAAUAAUUAUAGAAUAAUUAUUAAGUCGUGAAUAAUGGAGAUCCUGCUCCAUGCUAUUCGCGACAUUGGAAGUUUGUUCCGAGUCUGGAGUGCUCUGCUUGCCAAGGAGCCUAACAAUUUGCAGCCGGAACUUGGAAUUAUUGGAUCAGAAGGCGGAAUCGUUUUGGAGCAAGUUCCGAGUACUCCUUGAUCCCAAAAGCAUUCCAUUCAAAUCCCUGGAGCUCAAUGGCUCGAUUUCUAUAGACGAUAACGUCAUUCAAUCUUCUGAGCUCCUUAUUCACAAUGGAAGACUUGAUGAGAAUAUUGACCUAGAAUUCGAAAAACUAUUGAAGCUCGCGAAUCAACAAGUCGAGCUGACCACGGUUUAUGGAUCUCCCAAUAUGGUUGAACUUUAAAGUUCGAAACCUGUCUCUAGCAAGUUGCUAUGACAGCUUUGAUCUAUAUAUUGAAGUAGUCCGAAAUAUCCUCAACCCUUCAAGUUUGGACGACUCAGAGUUUCAGCACCCGGAUAUUCAUUCCGCUCGGCGGUUGAUUGUCAUACAGAGGCCAUAUUCAAAUUGUCUAAAUAUAGCUAAAACUAUCAGCUCUUUUCCAAAUGUUCAUAUUUAUAAUGGAGAUAGGUUUGAUAUAAGGUAUUGGAUUAGGCUUGUGGGAAUAUUGUUGGCACAUACGCCGCCUGUUGGGUCACGUCAUUCGCUGCAAUUUGACACGAAGAGUGAGGUGAAGGAGAUGAUUAAGGAGUUGAAGAAGGAUCCUAAAGCGAGAAGAGUAAGCCACAAGAAAUCCUACGUCAUCUUCCCUAUCGACUCGAGUGCAGAAGUCUACGUCUUCUAUUAGAGGAAUAAGGAAACUAUUGGAACAUGGAAUUUGGUUAUUACUGUUCGCAAGCCUGAUGUGAAAAAUUAAUAAAUUCUCAAUUUCCUCAUAAUAAAUCGUUUGCCAAUUG